AUGGACCCCGUACUAGAAGAAAUUAACAGGAUUUAUUAUGAUCCAUCUAAUCCCGCUGGUUUUGGUAGUAUUGAUAAAUUAUCAAAAGCCAUGAAGGGUAAAAUGAAUAAAAAGCAAGUAAAGGAAUGGUUAAAAUCACAAGAAACAUACACAUUACAUAAACCCAUUCGAAAAAAAUUCCCGAGUAAUAGGUACAUUCUAUCAAAUAUUAAUGAACUGUGGCAAGCUGAUUUAAGUGAUAUGCGAACUUAUUCUCAAUAUAAUGAUGGUUUCAAGUAUAUACUUUGUAUUAUUGAUAUAUUUAGUAAAUAUGCUUUUGCAAGACCAAUGAAAAAGAAAAACUCAGAAACAACUAAAGAAUGUUUUGAAAGUAUAUUUACUGAAAGUAAUUUAACACCUACUCACAUACAAUCCGAUAAAGGUACAGAAUUUGUUUCAAAAGAUGUACAAAAAUACUUUAAAUCCAAAAAGAUUAAUUACUAUACCACUAACAAUCCUGACAUUAAGGCUAGGGGGUUAUUCAGAUCAGUUUUACCUUUACUUUCAAGUGGUGCUCGAGUGAUUGGUAAGGAGGCAUUAAGCGCUGGAGUAGGACUUUUAUCGGAUAUGGUUCAAGCCCGUCCUAUGGAAGCGUCAAUAAAAGAUCGUCUAAAGCAAGUUAGUACGAAUUUAAAACGAAAGGCUGAUGAGAAAAUUGAUCAAUUUAACAUGACUGGAUCUGGCAUUGAAAAUGGAUUGUGGAUUCAUUAUAAACCAAUUUCAUCUCUUGGUGAUGGUGGACCUAUCGAGUUUCAAGUUCCUGGGACCGGCGAUGACUACAUAGAUUUGUCUCAUACAUUACUCCACAUAAAGGCAAAAGUAUUAAAUCAAGAUUCAACUAACUUGGUAUCUACUACAAUAGUAGCACCUGUAAAUAAUUGGCUGCAUUCACUUUUUAGUCAACUUGAUGUUUAUUUAAACCAAAAACUUGUAUCACCACCUAAUAAUACCUAUGCAUAUCGAGCAUACAUGGAAACCCUUUUAAACUAUGCCCCUGCUGCUAAACAAUCUCAUCUUACUUGUAGUCUUUGGUAUGAGGAUACAGCAGGAAAAAUGGAUUCUACAGAUGGUAAAAACAUAGGAUUUGUUAAAAGACAGGAAUUGAUUAGUGAAAGUAAGGAAAUAGAAAUGAUUGGUCAUCUUCACGGUGACAUUUUUAACCAAGAUAAAUUUUUAAUUAAUGGUGUUGAAAUGAGUGUUAAAUUGGUUCGAUCAAGAGAGAGUUUUAAUUUAAUUGUUGGGUCAAACGAUGUAAAGUUUAAAGUUUGCAUUACGGACGCAACUCUUAUUGUUCGACGAGCACGAAUUAAUCCAAGUGUAUUACUCGCACAUCCAAAAGUUUUAGCUUCUACCACUGCUAAAUAUCCUAUUACUCGAGCUGAAGUAAAAGUUUUAACAAUUCCUUCGGGUGUUCAAGGAAAAACUCUUGAUAAUAUAUUUUUAGGACAGGUACCGAAAAGAUGUAUAAUUGGAUUUGUGAACAAUUCUGCAUUUAAUGGUUCCCUUACUAAAAAUCCAUUUAACUUUGAAAACUAUGGUAUUAAUUCUUUCAGCUUAUAUAUUGAUGGUCAACAAAUACCUUCAAAAGCUUUGCAACCAUCUUUUAAUAAUAGCAUAUUUACAUCAGCAUAUCAUACUCUAUUCUUGGGAACUGGUAUUCACUUUCUUAAUGAAGGAAAUGGAAUCUCUUGUGAACAGUAUGGCAAAGGUUACUGUCUAUUAGCAUUUGACUUAACUCCUGAUUUAUCAGCUAACUCAUCAACUCAUUGGAAUCUCAUAAAGCAUGGUAGUGUAAGAAUAGAAGUACGAUUUGAAUCCUCAUUAAUACAAACAAUUAACUGUAUAGUUUAUGCUGAGUUUGAUAAUAUUAUUGAGAUAGAUAAAAACAGAAAUGUUACUGUAGACUAUAGUAGUUAA